AUGGCAGUGAAAGCGCUUGUGAUAUGCUUGUAUAACGAGGUCGUCGCCGUGAGGUUCCGUUCUGUGGACAACCGGAAGGUCAGACCACCUUGUGGUGGUGGCACGACACCGUUUUUCAGUACUGCCUGCAGAUCCGGUGCCGGUUCGUUCGGCCAGGACUUUAAUGCAUCGUUUUUCGUGCAUUCACCGAGCGAACGAACGAACGAACGUCAGCCUUGA